AUGAAGGGCUGGGGGUUCGUCGAGUACGGCGGUCAGGAUGUGUUUGUCCACAUCAAGGAUUGCAUUGGUGGUCAGCCAGCUCCAGGUGACCCGUUGACAUUUGACUUGGAGGAGACAGGACCUGGAAAGUACAAGGCAAAAAAUGUGAGCGGAGGGUCUGCCCCAAGAAUGCAGGAUGCCAUGAUGGGCAAGGUCACACCAGUGAAUGGUACUGGUGCAUACUCAGGCACAGUGAAGUCUUUCAAUGCUACUAAGGGCUUCGGAUUCAUUCAAGUGGAGGGUAUGGACGAUAUCUUCGUCCACCAGAAGGGCUGCGUAGGAACGCUUCCAAACGCUGGCGACAUCGUGAAGUUCGACCUGGAGCCGAGCCCAACAAAGCCUGGGCAGUACCAGGCCAAGAAUUGCACAGGCGGCACAGCGCCAAUGAGCCAGCCUGGCAUGGGUGGAAUGGGAAAAGGCUACGGAGGCAUGGGCAUGGGGAUGGGAGGAAUGGGCGGCAUGGGCGGUAUGGGCGGCAUGGGUAUGAUGGGUGGCCUCAAAGGUGGCAUGAUGGCAGGAGGUGGAGGAAUGAUGGGCCCCUAUGGCAAGGGAAUGAAGGGCAAAGGAGGUGGCUUUGGUGGCUAUGGCGGCAAUGCCGUCAGCCCUGAUGUGGACCGAUCUGUUUGCACAGAGUAUCCUGCAGUUUGCGUUCCAACGCCUUGUGAACCUUUGGCCGGCCAAUUUCAGAAAAGAUUGAGUGAGCAUACUGAGCAGGGCACACUUGACGACACAUUUGACAUCAUUUGA